UAUCUUACUUAUUUAUGACUAACGUCGAAAUUCAAAAUGUUUGAUUUUAAAGUAAAUACUUUGAAUAUUAAAACUUUCAAUAUUUUAAUAUAAUUCUCAUUUUAAUAAUUUUUUAAUAAAAAAGUAUAAUUUGUUUCGAUCAAAAUGUCGAGUUACUCUAUAGGACGUAGAUCAUCUACGAAUCCUGUAAGAAUAUCUCUACUUGAUAGAGAAGAUAAAAGCUUAACAAGAACAGAAUCUAGAAGAACACAAACAUUAAAACCAAAAAAUUCUAUUUCUUCAGUUGAAAAUUCUCAUAUUCCAAGACCUCGAAUUCGGGCUUCUUCUUGUGAUAGAAUAAAUAUCAAAGGAUCAUUAUUAAAACCAACAGGUAAAACUUCAUUUUGUCAUGUACCAACAACUCCAAAUACACCAAAUAUUGGCAAAUUUUCCAAUCAUCAUACAAUUGGAAGUUCAAAUAAAAUUCAUGCAGGACUUCCUACAGGCCGUAGAUCUUUAUCAGCUGAUCGUGCUAGCAAUAUUGGUGCAAAAGGUUCUAGGAAGGACACAAGACCUUUAACAGACAAGACAUAUCAGACUUAUAUGCUUAAUAAAAUUGAUAAUUUUCUUUCUAUAAAUCAUUGUUCUUCGAUGGUUAAUACUAAUAACAGUUUUAAACCAGUUACUUUGAAAAUGUUUGUUGAAGUUUCUGCAUAUUUAUUAAAAAUAUUAGAUAUUAAACAAAUUCUAACAAUUUCUAAUUAUGUGGAAGAAUUACCAAAAAUUGCAAAAAAACUGCAUUAUCCAGGAAUAAUUAACAAAUCUUGGUUAAAAACUGCUAAUGCUAUGCAUUCCUGGCCAAAUGUUUUGGGUUGGAUAUGCUGGUUAGUAGAAAUUUGUGAAAUAAAAAAGAUAGCUCUUGAGAAAUAUAAUUUAAAUAAUUUAUCAUUUAUGGGAAAUGAACAGGAAGCUAAAAUUAAUAAAAAUGCUUUUUUUUCAAUGUUGAAUUUUUAUAAUGCCUGGAAUGAUGAGAAACUUGAUGAGGAAGCAUCAAUGGUAGAAAAAUAUUUACAAGAAAUUGAAGAACAACAAGGUAUAAGUGAAGAAAAUUUGAAUAAUGCACGUUCUGAAUUAGAAAAAGAAAUGCUUAAACAGCAGGAAGCUGAAGAAAAUUUAAAUAAAAUAAACGAAGAAGUUAAACAUCUACAGGAAGUAUUCUUAUCUUUGCAAAAUGAUGAAACAAAGCAAUUGAGUGAUAUCAGUGCAAAAGAAGAAUAUAUAAAAACAAUUAAUUUUGAAACAGAUCAAUUAAAUGCUGAAUGUAAUAUAUUGAGUGAACAAAUUUGUUUACAAAAAAAACAGUAUGAUGAAUUACUUUCUACAAUUAAACAACAACCAAUGUCCAAAAUAGAAAGGGAUAAAAUUUUAGAAAAAUGUACGGAAAUUCAAAAUUAUAUACAUCAGUUUGAUGAACACUUAAAAGAAAUACAAAAAGAAUUAUAUACAAUGGAUAUUAAAUUGGCAUUUAAUAAUAAUGAAAUAACUAAAUCAGUACUAACAUAUAAUAAUGAAAUAUUUAUGCAUUUUAGUGGUAAUAUAGAUAUAAAUUUAGAAGAAUUAAAGAUGCCAGAAAAAGGUAUAUUAAAACCUGAAAUUAUGGAAAUAUUAAAAGUUAAAGCUAAUUUAAUGAAUGAUUUGAAAGAAUUAUUGAAAUCAGAAAUUAUUGAAAAAGAACGUUCAUCAGAAACAAAUUUUAAUGAAUUAGAAAAUUUACAGGAGAAAAUGAAAACUUUAGAAGAUGAAAAUAGUGACAUUAUUAAUAAAAUUAAAGAAAAAAAAAAUCUUAUAAAUAAAAUUAAAACUGAUGCAAAACACGAAGAAACAAAAUUAAGAGAACAAAUAAAGAAAUUGCAAAAUGAAAUUAAGGAAAUUCAAGAUUCAAUGCCAAAUACACAAGAACUUGCUGCAGAAUUAGAAGAAACAGAAGAUAAAUUAGAUGCAGUUCAGAGAAGAAAAGCAUAUAUAGAGGAAUCUGCUAAGCUAUUUUUUGAUAAGUUUUAUGAGACAUUAGGAGAGCACAGAAAUGAAGUUUCUAAUAUAUUAAUAAAACUUAAUAAUAAGUAAAA